AUGCCAUACUCAUUAAUGCACUCUGACACGCUCAGGAUUGUGCUGCUGGGGAAAACUGGUGUUGGGAAAAGUGCAUCAGGAAACACCAUUCUGGGUAAAGAAGAAUUUAAUGAAGACGUUUGUGAUGAAUCAGUGACUACUGAGUGUCAGAUAGCAACAACAGAAGUCUAUGGAAGACAGAUUUCUGUGAUUGACACUCCAGGACUGUUUGACACAAGUACUGAUAACGAUGAGAUCAGAAAAGAGAUAAAUAAAUGCAUCUCCAUGGCAGCACCUGGGCCUCACGUGUUCCUACUGGUGCUGCGAAUAGGACACUUCACACAGGAGGAUGGCGAGGCAGUGAGAAGAAUUGAAAAGACUUUUGGUAAAACAUCAAACAUGUACACUAUUUUGCUCUUCACUGGAGGUGAUACGCUGAAAGGAAAGACAGUUGAACAGUACCUAAAAUGGUCUGGGACAAAGUUAAAGAGGCUUUUAUCAGACUUUGGUAACAGAUAUCAUGUUUUUAACAACACUGAUAAAUCCAGCUACACUCAGGUCCUGUGUCUUCUGGAUAAAAUCGACUCGAUGGUGAAGGUGAAUGGAGGAAGCUGCUACACUAAUGAGAUGUUUGAGGAUGUUGAGAAAGCUCUAGAAAAAGAAAAGAAGAGAAUACUGAAGGAGAGAGAGGAGCAGAUAAAUAGAGAGAAAGAAGAGCUAAAGAUAAAACAUGAAGCUGAAAUAGAGGCAAUGAGGAGAGAGAUACAGAGACAAAAAGAAAGACAAGAGGCAGAAGAGAGAAGAAAAGAGAAGGAAUUUAAAGAGAGAGAAGAAGAAAUAAAAAGAGAUAUGACAAAAAGGGAGAAACAGCUAAGAGAAGAUUUCAGGAAGAGAAAAGAAGAAGAUGACUUAAAGAUGAAGGAAUGGAUGCAACAAAUGAAAACAGAGAGAGAAGAGAACAGGAAACAGUGGGAGAGACAAAGAGAGGAGGAUAAGAAACAGAGAGAUCAAGAGGAGGAGGAAAGAAAGAGGAGAAAACUAGAAUGGAAGAGAAAGAGAGAGGAGGAGGAGAAGUUAAAAACAGAAAAAGAUAAACAAUGGAUAAAAAUAGAGGAUGAGUAUAAUCAGAAAGCAACAGAGGAAGAGAAGAGAAGAAAGGAUUUAGAGGAGAAAAUAAAGGAUGCAGAGGAACGUAAAAAAAAGGAACUACAAGACCUUCAGGUAUCUCAACAACAAGAGUGGGAGAGGAAGAUGAGGAAAGAGGAGGAGAAGAGAAAAGAGCAGGAGAAGAAAUGGAAGAAAAAAAUUGCUGAUAUGGAGAAAAAGUGGAGUUUCGAUCAGAUUAGGAGAGAGAGGCUAUAUGAGAGGGAAAGACAAAAAGAAAAGAAGGAGAGAGAAUUAAAUGAAAAGGAAAGCAAAAUAAGAGAAGAGCAAGAAAAGAGAAGAAUGAAAUAUGAUUUUAAUGAGAAGAUAAGAAAGAUGGAAAAACAACUGAAGUUGCAAAGAGAGGAAGAUGAGAGAGAAAGAAAGAAAAAAUAUGAACAGAAAGGAAAUGGAAACAAAACUACAGAAACGGCAGGAAGAGUUCAGAAAGGACAAAGAAGAAGAAGAAGAAGAAAGAAAACACAAUGAGGAGACGGAGAGAAAUCUUGCCUUCAUUAGAGAGCAGCACAACAGAGAGCUGGAGAAACUGAAGAGAGAGACAGAAGUAGCAGCAAGGAAACAGGCAGAGGAGGAAUUUACUGCUGAACUGGAUAAAAUGGCUAAAUAGUCAAAGAAGUAGGAUUUAAAGAGCCGUGAAACAGAGUCAGAAUGAACACUAGCAGGCAGAGAUUUAGAUUGAAUUCAUCAUCUGUUUUUUCCCCAAGACGAAAUGAAAAAAAAAAAAGUAAAUGAAAAUUAAUUAAAAUUAAUCUAGAGUUUUCUGUAUAAUAAUAAUAAUA